AAACGGCCACUGUCACAUAACUGUGACUGGAAAAGCUGCCAGACAGCGUCGGAAAACAAACGUUACAACACCAGCUUUAAUUUGCUCCGUUAAAUGAUUAUUAGCACAGAUAAUGAAUGCUAUAUACUACCAGCUUGAUUUAAACACGUGCUGUAUUGGAUAUGUAGUGUUAUAUUAAGUAUAGUGUUAUUUUGGGUUUUUGAAAUUGAUUGGUAGCGCUGUGUGAUAUUCUAGCCCUUUAGAAAGUUCGAGGCAAAGAGCUGUAAUUUUCUUAAUAGUCAAGAAAUGCAUCGAUUUACAAUAUUUGUAUUUAUAUUUUAAGAUAUUGAACAAAGAGUGUGCAUGGAAGUACAUUUCUUAUGUUUUUUUUUUUUUUCGAUUUGUGGGUUGGGUGUGUACAUCAACAAAUGCAACCAUAUAUUAUUUUAAUCACCGUCUUGUUCCCUUAAUCAUAACACCAUUUUGAAACACGUUUAAAAAAACACCAUGUUUGUUCAAAUGAACCCCACCAGUAAGAGACAUUUUUUCUUUGUAAAGGUGUCCACUAGGGGUCACUCUUUUAUAAUGAGUGAAUAUAGGUAGGAACCUUCCUUCAAGUGACCGGUGUUGCUGGAGGAAGGUGCACACAGUUUUUGUCCGUUGCACAAGGCUAUGCGGUUGCAAAUGGUUACCAACGUGGCAAAUUAAAUUAAACAGGGCUCUCAAGUCUCACGCAUUCACCGUGAGACCCACCCAUUUCAGUCAGUUCACACGCCACACUUUGUAUUUCUCACGCUGAGAAGAGACGAGACGCAGGCAUACGCUGGCAGUUCUAGCGAGUUCAGCUGCUUAUGUGCUCAACUUUACGCAGCGCUGCAAGAACUGACAAGCAGAUGACAUCAGAGUACCGCGAGAAUUCUCGGAGGUGGCUGAUUUCAAAUCACUCUCGCGUUACUCUGAUGUCAUCCACUUGUCGUUUCUCGCCUCAUGAAGUUGUACACACCUUAUUGAUGCAUCCUACCAGGCAAUCAGAAAGAAAUUAGAAGUUGUUUCUGGUUAAAUUAUAUUAUCCCGCUGCAAGCACGUUCGUUACUAACAUGGAUUUAACAGAGUGGAAGUUGGAUGAGCAAGAUUUGAUGAAUGCGUUGUAAGACAGAAUACCAUCUUGUCUGAUUCAGCUGGUGGGCACGUGACUGGCAGCAGUGCAAGUUGUGUUCAACGGAGGUUGAACAUCGCUGCACCUGCAGCCAGUUACACAAGAUUUACUCUUCCUGGGGCUAUAGAGGAGGAAGAGGAGGAUGAGUGCAGCCCAGAAGCUCAUGGAUUCAUGGCCGGCAGCGGAGAACGAGACGCUCAACGGAGGUUGUCUGUCUCCUCAUCUGCAGCUGAUCAAGAGUCUAUUGUGUCUUCUGAGGAUUCAGAACACAACACAACACACACUAUGGAACAAAAAACAAAAUCACAAAAAAAGAAGGAGAAGAAGAGAAAGAGAAAGAGAAAGGGGAAGAAGGCGGCUAUCCGUUCUUUCUUCCAAAAUACAUGGCGAACUAUAAAGCAAGCCUGCUGUGUUUGCCAAAAUGAGGACGACUUGGAUCCAUCUGAUCCAACUGAUCCUCCGCCAGGCCCAUCCGGCCUGAAGCCAAAGGCCCGGAGUGAUCAUGCCGAUCUACUCAAGCCAACGGGCUGCCAUAAACCAGACUGUUGCCACCCUGGUUUAUUAAAUACCUUGGAGGAAACCAACCUCCAGGAAGCGGCUGAUCCCAACAAUGGUCCAUUCGACCGGGAACGAGAUGCCCAACCGGAUCAGUUUGAUAGUCAGUCAUGCCUUUCUGGCCUGCAGAGGGCCCGUUACAAUAAUCGGCAGGAUAGUCCCUUCGGACUCGAGCCGGCGGGCUAUGAAGGGCCAGACUAUUGCCAGUCUGGUCCAAGUACCUUGGAAACAACCGAGUUCCAAGAAGCGGCUGAUCCCAAAAACGGUCCAUUCGACCGGGAACGAGAUGCCCAACCGGAUCAGUUUGAUAGUCAGUCAUGCCUUUCUGGCCUGCAGAGGGCCCGUUACGCUAAUCGGCAGGAUAGUCCCUUCGGACUCGAGCCGGCGGGCUAUGAAGGACUAGACUAUUGCCAGUCUGGUCCAAGUACCUUGGAGACACCCGAGUCCCAAGAAGCAGCUGAUCUUGAACAUGGUCCGUUCGACCAGGAGCCAGGUGCUCCGAAUGAUCAUGCUGAUCCUCAGCCAGGUCCAUCUGGCCUGGACUUGAGUGAUGAGGAAGAUUUUCUGUUUGCUGAUUUUAGCAGUCAAGGAGAAUCUGAUGAAGAUCUCGCAGUAGCAGCACCUUAUCCUGUUAACCCUGCUAAUGGCAUACAAUUUGAACCAUUUGGAUCAAGACCAACUCCUAAUUGGUCUUUCACUUCUCGAUAUCAAGUGGUGCCAAACUGGUUGCUUGGAUCAGGGAGAACAGGAAGGAUUUUUGGUGCGAUUCGUUUUUCUGAUGGCGAACGGGUGGCGGUCAAAUGUGUAGCAAAAGAUAAAUAUAAAAGCCAAAGAUCGCCUGGCUUUCGCACACCCGUGCCACAAGAAGUUGCUAUGAUGUUGGAACUGCAACGACACCCUCCCCUGUGCUCUCGCGUGAUACAUAUGCACGAGUGGUUUGAAUUUCCCGAUGGAUACAUCGUCGUUUAUGAAAUGUUGUCACAUCCCUGGAUGAGGCUGGACAAAUUCUUGGAAAAACACCACGAUCGGAUCAGCGAGAGAAUGAUUAGAGACUUAUUUCGUCAGUUGGUGUUAGCCACCAAAUAUUGUUGGGAGCACAGGGUGUACCAUUUAUUUUCUUACCUAGAAAAUAUAAUGGUUAACAUCAAGACCAUGAAGCUUAAGCUUUGUGGCUUUGGUGGAGGGCGUUUGGCUCCCGUUAGUUCCCGUGAACCGCAUCUGAUUGAUCCAGAGCCUGACAGCAGACCGGAUAAGAUGCUGAUUCCUCUCAUGGCAUUGAGAAGUGUUUUAAACUUCAUGGUUAUCUACAACGAGACCCAUACCGAUGGGGAACUCGUUGUAUCUGAUGAAUGCCAUGAACUCUGCCGUCAUUUAGCGGUUUACCGUUUCCAUGACGCAUUUGACAGAAUCCUAAGACAUCCAUGGAUGGCACAAGAUGAAUGGUCCUACGCAGGCAGUCAGGUCCCAAGACUUGCUUUGUGAAGAAAUACACUGAUGCUUAAGACGCACCAGUCCCCGUGCCAUCCGAAAUCAAGCCUGAUGCUUUGGAUUCCAACCUGCCACGGAAACACCCGCAAUGGGCCUUAAGCCCUGACGGUGGCAGUCAAAUGCGUUUUAAGGAACUAGACGCGAAAAAGCGGUCGACAAAGCUGAUCCGUGGAAGACAUUGUGACUCAGUCGACCGCACAGAAUUUAAGAGACUUUGACAUUAAUGUAUUUUUGUUAGUAACUGUUUACCAUAGAUGCUGUUUAAUAUUGAAUAUGAUGUUUUUUAUUUAUGUUUAACAGAUAAUUCUGUCAUAAAUUGAAUUUUUGCA